CGCCGAUUCUCCUUUAUAAAUAAUUUCCUUUCCUUGCAGAAUCUGCUUCUUCUUCCUCCUUCCGGGUCUAACUUGGUCUUUCUCUGCUCGUUCACUCAGCAGAAUCUCUCUCUCUCUCUCUCUCUCUCCGUGUGGCAGAAUCUCUCUCCCAUUUCGUGUCUAAGUUGGCCUUUCUUUGUUCUUUGAACAGAGUCUGUCUUUCUUUAUUAAAGGAGGCCAAGUUCUCCCAAAGCAGAGAAGAAGAAGAAGAAAAAGAAGUGUGCUCCUAGCUUUCUGCUGCAUCUCCCCAACUCUUUCUGUUUCUCUCUGCAUCUCUCUGUUCUUGGAGAGAGAGGUAGAGAGGAAGGAGGUACCAAGUAGUAUAAAGUUUAAAAAGCGUAAGGAGGGAAAAUUCGAGGAUGGCGGGGGUGCCGGUGGCGUAUCAGGCGAACACGUCGGCGGCGGUGACGGAUUGGCUGAACAAGGGGGAUAACGCAUGGCAGAUGGUGUCGGCGACGCUGGUGGGGCUGCAGAGCGUGCCGGGGCUGGUGGUGCUCUACGGCAGCAUCGUCAAGAAGAAGUGGGCGGUGAACUCCGCGUUCAUGGCGCUCUACGCCUUCGCAGCGGUGUGGAUCUGCUGGGUCACCUGGGCCUACAAGAUGUCAUUCGGCGACCGGCUGCUGCCCUUCUGGGGGAAGGCCGGGCCGGCGCUGGGACAGAAGUUCCUGAUCGCGCAGGCGGCGCUGCCGGCGACCACACACUACUACCGGAACGGCACCGUGGAGACGGCAACGGUGGAGCCCUACUAUCCCAUGGCAUCGAUGGUGUACUUCCAGUGCGUCUUCGCCGCCAUAACGCUCAUACUGCUCGCCGGCUCCCUGCUGGCCCGCAUGAACAUCAAGGCCUGGAUGCUGUUCGUCCCCCUCUGGCUCACCUUCUCCUACACAGUCGGCGCCUUCAGCCUCUGGGGUGGCGGUUUCCUCUUCCACUGGGGCGUCAUCGACUAUUCCGGUGGCUACGUCAUCCACCUAUCCUCCGGCAUCGCCGGCUUCGUCGCUGCAUAUUGGGUUGGUCCACGUUCAACUAAGGACAGGGAAAGGUUCCCUCCAAACAACGUGCUGCUCAUGCUAACGGGGGCAGGGCUGCUCUGGAUGGGUUGGGCCGGCUUCAAUGGAGGUGACCCUUACUCCGCCAACAUCGACUCCUCCAUCGCCGUCCUCAACACCAACAUCUGUGCCGCGACCAGCCUCCUCGUCUGGACCUGCUUGGACGUCAUCGUCUUCAAGAAGCCGUCCGUCAUCGGCGCCGUCCAAGGGAUGAUUACCGGGCUUGUUUGCAUCACCCCUGGAGCCGGCCUUGUUCAGGGAUGGGCGGCAAUAGCGAUGGGGGUGCUGUCGGGGAGCGUGCCGUGGUUCACCAUGAUGAUCGUCCACAAGCGGUCGAAGCUGCUGCAGAAGGUGGACGACACUCUGGGCGUCUUCCACACCCACGCCGUCGCCGGCUUCCUGGGCGGCGUCACCACCGGCCUCUUCGCCGAACCCGAGCUCUGCGCCCUCUUCCUCCCCGUGACCAACUCGAGGGGGGCCUUCUACGGCGGUUCCGGCGGCAUUCAGCUGCUGAAGCAGAUAGUGGGCGCGGGGUUCGUCGUCGGCUGGAACGUCGUCGUCACGAGCAUCAUCUGCGUGCUGAUCAGGCUGGUGAUGCCGCUGCGGAUGUCGGACGAGCAGCUGCUCAUAGGGGACGACGCGGUUCAUGGGGAGGAGGCCUACGCGCUGUGGGGAGACGGGGAGAAGUAUGACUCCACCAAGCAUGGCUGGUACAGCGAUGGCACCGAGCAUCCGCCCAAGUUCUCUGUUGGUGUCACCCAAAAUGUUUAGGUGCUUCCCUAUUAUUUGUAUAGAUUUAGGUGUCCGUCUUCUGUAUAAACCAUUAGACAGUGUGUGUGCGUGUGUGUUUCUGCGGGAAUGCCUCUUAUGUGGGGCUUUUGCUACUGAAGAUUGUGACAUUUCAUAAUUCAAAACAUAAUAAAUUUUAGUAG